CAUUCCCCCCGUUGCAACUGCAUUGCAACUGCUCUGCAGCUACUUUGCAUCUAUUUUUCAAUUCCCCUUGUUUUUGUUACACCUCAUUUGGGGCCUCCCUACGUGGACCCCCCUUUUGUUAACCCAUUUCGCUGUGCCUUAUUUAUUUAUUACCCCGUUACGUGUUCCCCUCUUAUGACAUUAUGUGCAUAUGUCGUACCUCUCCACGUGUGUAUGCCGUCGUUUGGGUGGGGGGCGCUUUUCGGAGUUCCUCCCCCCAACGCGGUUCCCCUGAUGAGGUUUUUCCCCUAUCGCGGUUCCCCCGACGUGUGAAAACAUAUUUUUUUUUUUAUGGAAAGUUUUUUAUCAAUCCGUUUUUCAAGACAAUUGUGCAGCGAAUCCAUCGCACACGUGUGGGAAGUUGCCCACUUGGUUAUCUCGAGUAGGGUAAAAAUAAAGUUACGUUUUUCCUCUUGGUGUAGCACCGGUUGGGUACGGCUUCCUCCAAGAAAGGGAAUUCCUCAGGAGGGUCAUAAGCAUAGAUGUAUAGAAGGCAUUAAUUGGUGAGCAAUUUCUGUUGCGUUUUUUUUUUUUUUUUCUCCCCAUUUUUUGCCGGCCUUACAAACAAUUCGACUCAAAUCCUGGCCGAUAGUAGGCCCCCCCUCCGUAACUGUGCAUUUCUAUUAAACUGAGGCAUAUGUAAGCGGCUUCUCCCCUCGGAUGGCAAUCCCAUCUGCAUGCUAAAACUUACCCCACAUGGAUCUGCCGCCUACACUUCCCACCCUUCCCCUGCAUACACUUCAAACAUAAAAAGGUGUGCAGCUUCGACAUGAGCCUGCUGUGCCACCCCGACGCGGUUCACCUCCUUGUAGAGGAUGACCUGGGAUCUUUCCUCAGCAGCUUGGAGAAGGAGCGCCGACCCACCAGCCAGAUUGUCAUACUCACGGAUCAGGCCACGCUCCUAAAUGAACGACCAACUAUCUUGGCCACUUUGAAAUUCUUCCUGCGUCACCCCAGGGAUCAUUCAAAAGGGAGUUUAUCCCCCGAAGGGGGUCGCUGCACUCUACAGGGAAAGUUACAAAAGGGCAAACAUGUAGACGAGACGAAAUGGAGCCACCCGUUGGUCUUCCCCUCUAGCGACGAUGGGGACCACCUCGGUGAGAAAUAUACCCACUCCUCCAGCGAGCGGAGUGCUAAUCAGGAUGGGAAGAAAGGGAGAAGUCGUAACCAAACUGAAGGUAAAGCCGCACACCAGAUGGUUCUUUGCGAAGCCAAGCAGGGGACGACGCACCUCCCUGGAGGCACUGACCCAGAAGAGCUGCAACAACUGUUUGAAAAGUUCGAGCAGUCCCUCGGGGGAAAAGCUAUCUUUACCCCCCACCUUUUUUCACAACAAAUUAAAAACGUCCUAGUAAUCAUUUCGAAUGUAAAAAAGUGGGAUGACAAGGUGGAGGUUGCUCAGCAGUUAAAUGAGCUCUUUGGUAGAGACACCAAUUUGAGAGAAGCACAGGUGAUCUGCUUUGCCAGGCUGAAGGUGCACCUGUUUCCGGCCAGCGGGCGCGCCCUCGUUGCAGCGCUGGGAGGAGCGGCGGUUAAAGCUGAUCGUUAUGAUGAAGCGGUUCACGCCGACGAAGACGAUCCACCUUGCUCCAAUACCGUAACGCUCAUCCGCGGGGGCCUCCUAACCUCGCUGAGGGAGGGAGACUGCAAGGGGAUCUUCGCCCAGGUGCUAAAACUAGCCAUCCUGAAUGACCCCAAGCUGUUCACCAACAUAAAAAGCUCCAACUUGACCCAGUUUAAAAAAAGGAUAAAAUGUUUUCUCCACAAAUUGUUGAAAAAUAGUUGCGACAUAAGUAGGAGAGGAAGAAGGAACAAGAAAAUUAUGAACAUGUUCAGGUUCGGAACUACCAUUGGAAAUGCAAUAAAAAGUGCGAGAGGGAACCCCCUAAACGGCGUCUUCACAAAUGAGCAAAUGUUUCUCUGUUACGGCAUUUACUACGAGCUGAGGAUUCUCUACGAGGUGCAUGCAGUGGACCUCAUCUCCCUCAUCGAUGUGAAAGAAAUUAUGAUGAAAUAUAAAACGAAAUAUAAGUUAAGCAAAAACUAUUUGGACUACCACACACAUGAGAUUAUGCACCACCUUAGGAAGGCCCAUCCAUCGGAGAGGGACAAAAUUUGUUUAGUUCACCUCACAGGAAUAGGAGAGGUGCACCCCGAUGUGGUGAUCAGCAUACCGCUAAGCGUCGUUUGUAGGGUUCUCUGCCCCAUGGUGUGCUUCCCCCCGAGGAGUAUGCACUUCUCACGGAAGGGGACUGAACCCACACACACAUGGGAAUCCUUCGUGCACAUCGAACAUGUGGGAAACAAAUCGGAAGCCAUUCGAAUGAUUUACGUCAGCUGCAUGAGCAGAGAGAACACCUCCAUCGGGAACGUAACGGCAUGCCUUGACGUCGUAGUGUUCGUAAAAAUUUUAAAAGAAAUCAAUUUUGACAUCCGUCUGACGAGGCAAGGGGUUGCUACUCAUCCGGAGGACCUCUCACCGGGGGGAAACGUCCUACACAUAAGGGGGAACAUCCAACGGAGUGCUUUCCUAUUCAAACGGUUUACUUACCGAAGGGGAAUCACCCUCAAUGUGUACAACUGCGGGACGGUGUGCCGCUUCAUUUUGCCCCUUCUUUGCCUCUACAUCUGCAAGCAAAAUUUGAAGGCGAAGAGGAGAAAAAAACGGGUUCUAAAAUGGGUUCUACUGAAAGGAAGCAAACAAAUGGAAACGACUCGAAUUAUCGGCCCCCUCGUGCAGGUCCUACGGCAAACGUUCAAGUGUGUAAAUAUAGAGUACACGAAAAAGGAAAAUUACCUGCCCAUUUGCAUCAGCGUGAAGGAGGGAGCCAACCUUGAGGGGAGACUCUUCUGCACGGAGUACGUUCGAAUUGACAAUUACCACUCGAGCCAGUUCGUCUCGGCGAUGCUCCUGCUGUCUGCAUUCUCCGAGACGGACACGCGCCUCGCCUUGAGCUUCAAGAGGGUUGGCAGAGGUGGCACCGCAAGUCGACGCGACGGGAGAGGGGGAACCCCUAGGGGUAGAGCGGCGCAGAGAAGAAUUGACCCCCGUCCAAAUGGGUGUGUAUCCUGCUGUGUAGGCACCCUAUCGUCCAAACCCCUCCACCACACUGCGAAUUUCUCCCUCCCGGCAAAGCCCAACGAAACGGCUUCUCAUCCUACCCAACGAGUUGAACGCACCACGCACCAAUUCAGCACUACAUCAAAAUCGUUCAUCGAUUUGACCAUCCGCGUGAUGAAGUUAUGGGGGGUGCAGGUCAGAAUGAAAAACUUCUGCUACGUUCUCAAAAAGGGAGGCAGGUACCCCUCCUAUGGGAGGGGGCGCAGCAAAGUGGCCCUCCGCAAAAGCGUUGUUACCAGGGUUAAGCGGUUCAUUUGUGUGCUGAGGGGGGUGCCCCCCACGGGUGGCAAAAAAGGGGGCAUCACCAAACGGGGCCGCGAAGAGGGGGAAGCUUUGAACAGCCCGGUGAGGCUCCCCGUAGAUGUAAACGGAGAGGAAGAGGACUUGGAGCUCUCUCGGUUAAUCAACCCCCCCAUCUGCGCCGCUAACAGCGCACCUUCGUGUGAAGUGCAAAACGAUUUGGGGCUGCUCAUCUACUUCAUCAUUGGCUGCCUCAUCCGGGGGGAGAACUGCGCCAUCGACGUGGGGCUCCGUCUGGACGGCGUCGACCUGUACCCUGUUGGGGGCGCCGGGGGGAGCAGACAAAGCGGACAAGGCGAAGAAAGCGAACCCAUCCCGCGCGGAUCUCACGACCCGCGCUACGCUCACCACUUGAGCUCCCCCCGCUUGCGCAGAAUCAAGGCGGUGAGGCGCCAGGCGAACAUCCCCAACUACGCCCUCCUGAAUGUGCUGCUCCUCCUCGGGGUUGACAUAUACGUCGAAGAGGGGGGAAGCCCCAGAAGGAGCAAAAAAGUGUAUCUGCUCACCUCGAAAAGGAUGAGCAUCAGGCAAGAGUUCCUAAGGCGGCUUCUUCCCCUGGGGGUUGCUUCCAAAGGGGGAGAGAAAAACCCAGUGGGUGCAGUCAAGCGAGCCAAGUGGGAGGUCUUCCAAAAUGUGCAUCUGAAGGUGAUGCCCCUUUCAAGUAGGAUGCUCCUCAACGUGGUGGUAGAUGUCGAAAGCUUCUCCGAUGACUUCUUCUCCCUGAGUGUCCUCUUCUGUUACUACCUCCUAGUGCACCCAACGGAAUGCUUUUCCUUUAGAAUAAAAAACGUCCGAAACCAGAACGUGAAGGAGUCCGUACGUGUUUACAACGCGGUAAUCAUAUUGAAGCUAUUUUUUCAAAACGUCCUCUUCAUUUCUUGUGAUAGGAAUAGUGUGUAUAUCGACCGCAUGACCCACCCAGUAGAGAACUGCCUCUUCUAUAGGAUGUCCAAAAAAGGGGAGCUCCCCCCAGGGGAGGCUCCUUCUGAGGCAGCUUCACCAACUGGUGCCCUACUAGGAAACAACUCCAAAUAUGUAACGAACGACAGAGGGGAGGUGUACCUUUAUGUAGACACUCAGAGGGACCAUCGGAUCAUUUUCAUGGUCGCCAUUUUGUCCCUCCUCGGGGGAAACGUCCUGAUUGAUAACAAUGGAGAGGUAGAAAAGAGCUUCCCUCACUUUUUCGAUUACGCCCAUGGGCACUUAGGGUUAAACGUGCGUUACGCAACUUGUGGGGGGCUCAGCUUUUGUAGUUUUGCCAAGCUGUGUGGGUACAGUUUGAUGAGCGGCGGUGGUGGGUCUCCCUCAGAAGAGCCUCCCUCAAACGAUCGCUCCUCACCCAGGAGCAACCCCCCUCAUGGAUCUACCAAGGUGGAAAAUCCUCCACGUGGGAACCAAGUUAAGUGCAUACAUAAUCUUCAACAAAGGGGAGCCAACAAUGUGGCUAUGAAAAUGGGAGGGGCAGAAUUAGGGAAAAAACUCCACGACAGUAUGGACCACUGGACUACCUCAAAAGGAAGUAGAGGUGACGAAACGAAAUUUACGCAUGGCCAGGCUGAGGAUCCCCCAUCCAGCGGAGACGACUCCACAGAUUCGAGCUCGCACCUGGAGAUGAGGCACCCUUGUGAGGAGGCGGACGGGGUGGACGCACCCAUCGGGGAAAUGACCUUCGCUGAAAGGGGUAGAGAUAAAUGUGAUGAAGAUGUGAAAGGGGGGGAGUCAAAAAUAACCGAUUCGCAUGAGAGUCGAAUACGUGGAGGUACUACAUGUGAAGGAUCCCCCAUCAGUGCAAACGACCAAUCAAAAUGGGGGGGGCGCCAAAAAAGGGAACGAAGCAUGUUAGUCCCCCCUAGGGAGAACCCCCCCCUCAAGGAUACCUGUGGAGAAGCAUGUGAUAGAACUCCCACCCACGGAAGGGGGGCCCUCCCACGGGAUCCGAACUAUUGGAGAGAAUACCACUACGAGGAGCUUCUCCACGGAAACGACGCUGAUAUACUUCACCUCAUCAACCAAGUGAACCGUCUCAACGUACACAUCAUAUGCGGGAUUAGAAAUGUGGGCAAAAGCUACCUCAGCAAAAGGGUAAAAACGAGCAGCCUUGUGAUUGACCUAGACGAAUUUAUCCUUGAUGGUCCCAUACGCUUUGAUCGACUCUCCAUCGAUGACUUCAGGUACUACGAGUAUGUCACCUUCGUUUCGACGCUGUAUCUGGCGUACUUAAUUUUUGCGGAGGGGAAUGGUCACCAAGGCAGGGGAGGAAAACCCAUGCAGGGUGAUGAUAUUGUUCACCAAGGGAUCGCUCACUCCAUGGGCACCACUGAAGAAGCUCAAGCCGUUUUAUUUGAAAAUACCUUUUUGAGUCUCCAAGAGGAUGUCCAUUUUAACAACAAAAAGGUGAACCGCCUUUACCACACCAUGAAGGGGAGGCACUUCCUCACCGAUUUUCAAGUGCCUGUCCGAAGCGUCACAAUCGUCCUUGGGGGAGGCAUCGUAGAAUUUGAAAAGUCUAGGCAAGUAAUGCAAAAAAUGAAAAAUCUCCUUCUGAUUAGAAGACCCCCAAGAGAGAUUUACCAUCUGUGCAUUAACGAUAGGGUGAAACCCCCUUUAAGGGGCAACCUCCAAGAAAUAAUUAGCAGAAGAACGGCCCUCUUUGCCAGUUUGAAUGCCUUUCACUUUGCCAUUCCCCCGGAGGAGAGCAUAAAGAGGUGCCUGAAAAAUGCGAACAUGUCCAGGGACCAACUGAUAGUGAGUAGCUUCCUAAACUUCUUCAACUACCAAUUCUUUGUGAAGCCCGCAGUUAAGCAUUCCUACGGUAGGGCGCCCACAACGGGGGAGGGCCUACUCUCCUUGCGUCUUUCAGAAUUUUCUUCGUUCGACUGCGCGUCGUUGGGUGGCACCUACGAGGUGGUUGAGUUGGUGCUGGAUUGCCCUCAAAACGGGGGUGAACCAAAUGGGGAGGGGCACAAGGCGGAUUUGCUCGAGCUAGCCAUUUUCACAAUCCGGUCUUACACAGACAAACCGAUCUGCGUCAAGUUCCCCAAGUGGGUUCUAUACCCCAAUUGGUGGGAACCCCCAAAUGAGGGACCCCCCGGGGGACAAAAAAACCCCCCCUACAGAUGCACCCCCACCGACUUGUGCAAAUACAAAAUUAACCUCUUCGACGUUGAUGCGCAUUUUUUUAAAAGGGUGGGUACCUUCAUGCCGCGGGAGAGGGAACAUCUUUUCAUCGUCAUCUCAAGUUACCGGGAGAGGGUCCACAAAGGGAGAGUAGCAACCGACUUGCAUAAACUAGACAAGUGGCACGCCGAUUUGAUAAGGCUAACCUUUGCGCGGGCGACCCACUCGGACCGGGAGACUCUCCAUCGGGAAAUAACUCGGCACUACGCGAAGAGGCUGGGCAAUCACCUAAUUUCCCACGUUAGAGGUGUUAGGAGAAUGCCAUGCUACGAUGUUCCGCCUCACCAAGUCGCCCACCAGCGGAGUUACGAAAUUUCGGUCUACACCGAGCAGAAUGAUCCCCUCGUCUUUCUCUGCAACGACGUUUCCCACGUGGGGUGCCCACAGCAGGGGGUGGCAGCGGAGGAGAAGGGACGGCGACCUCAUCACCCCGAGAGCUACAUGCACAGCUUCUACCGCCAAGGGGUGAAGACCAUCAUUUCGUGUGUCCCCCGCUGA